CCAUAUUGAAUUAUCCACUCCUUUGUCAAGUUAGCCAAACUCUAAGAAAUAAAUAUGCAAACACUUCUGAAAUUAUGUUUCCUUAUUGCCAUUGCGACAUGUGUGGAAUCAACAUCGAUAGAGGAGGAUUCCAAACCCUUGUCAGAGUAUGGUGACCUUUUCGAAGGGAAAACCGUUCGAAAUCCCGAGGAGGGUGACCUUUUCGAAGGGAAAACUGUUCGAAAUCCCGAGGAGGGUGACUUUUUCGAAGGGAAAACCGUUCGAAAUCCCGAGGAGGGUGACCUGUUUGAAGGGGACAUUCUAGGCCCAAUCCCAGCCCUUACUCGAGCCGGUCUCCUCAGUCCGGCAAGACGAUGGCCAUCUGCUACAAUUCCAUACCAGUUUGUGUCAACCUUUCCAUCCAGUUACCGAACCGUUUUCCAAUCCGCGAUCAACUAUAUCGCUGGACGAACAUGCAUCCGUUUCAAACCCAGAUAUACGGAAUAUUCCUACGUCGAGGUAAAUCAAGUUAACGGGUGCAGUGCGCAUGUCGGGCGAAUAGGUGGACGUCAAUAUAUAUCCUUGGCGAAUGGGUGUAACUAUUUGGGGACAAUCGUGCACGAGAUGAUGCACACCAUCGGCUUCUUUCACGAACAGAGUAGGACGGACAGAGACAAAUAUGUGACCAUAAAUUGGGGCAACAUUGAGCCAGGGAGGGAAGGAGCGUUCCGAAGUUAUGACACUUCCUACAUAUCUCCCUUCGGGGUAGCGUACGACUAUUCGAGUAUUAUGCAUUACGGUAGCAAAUACUUCAGUAAAAAUGGUCUCGACACAAUCGUCCCGAAACAAGCUGGAGCCAUCAUUGGGAAUAGAGAUACAAUGAGUAAUUCGGAUAUUUGGAAAAUUAACAAUAUGUACUGCCCAGGAACGCAAGGAGUUUCGAUCAAGAGCCACUAUAAUGCACAGUACCUCGACGUGAGCACGGGAAUUGUUUAUGAGGGCCAAGACCUCGUUACUUCGGCGUGGGGGAACAACAACACACAAAGGUGGACCAUCGAUUGGUACGCCUUCUUCGACCCGGCUCGGGGUGCAAAAAUUUGGACUUGGGCGCAAGAUGGCGGCACUGUAAAGACGAUCCAUGAAAGACAGGCGAAUACUGUUUUAACGCUUUGGGGUGAUAUCGGGGGAUUGAGCCAGAAUUGGAUUGGUAUUCGAAUUGGUACAACGGGUUCGACUUACACGAUAAAGAAUAAGAUGUCGGGGCGAUGCAUGUCCAAUAAUGGAGCGAGUAAGGCGACCUGUGCCCCAUGCAAUUCUUCCAAUUUGAGGCAGCGUUGGGAAAUUUAUAAAGCUUAUCCAAAUUAAACUUCCUUGUCGUGUAUAUGACCCCAUGUUAUGAAAUUAACAAAAAAUAAAAAUUACAUAUUUUCAA